CAAUUUAGUGUCGGAAAUUCUACAGUACUCGAACUGAAAGGUUCCCGUUCGCAGUAAUUAUUGUCGGCUGUGUGUACUAAACUUAAGUCCUUUUCGUUUCGGAAAUGAAGAUGUUGCAUACAAUUGCUCGCAUAUCAGUCUUUUGCCUCAGUAUGGUAUUGUUUUAUCCUGAAGCAAAAUCCGAAUCGUGCUUCAAAUCAAUUUGCGAAUUCACGCUCGUGGUAACAAAUUCUCGUUCUAUGUCGUUCAAGCACGAUGCUGGGCAUGUCUACGAUGUCGAGCUGCAGCAAAAUGGUACAUUGAGUUUGGCAACAAACCGCUUUCAUCUCAAAGUCCCAAACACCCUUUCCCCAGAUAUGGUUCAUACAGCAGACGGCACCAAAGCGAGAAAUAUUAUUUUGGUCAACGAUCGUUUUCCCGGCCCAACGCUGGAAAUAAUGGAAGGUUCCGAAAUCGCAGUUAAAGUCAUUAACCAACUACAGUUUGAGGGAAUAUCUAUACACUGGCAUGGUAUUCAUUUGCUUAAUAAUGUAUGGAUGGACGGCGUGCCUUACUUAACCCAAUGCCCCAUACUCCCUCGACAAAGUUUCAUGUACAGAUUCAGGGCAAAUCCAGGCACACAUUUUUACCACUCCCAUAAUGAACUUCAAAGACUUGACGGACUAUUCGGCGGCCUGAUCGUACACCGACAAGAUGAACUUGGCUUAAUGCCAUAUUUCACGGCAGUCUUAGGCGAUUGGUUUCCAGUGCCGUCUACUGACCUUCAAAUUCUAAACCCUUUUGCCUUCCAACCUGGAUCGGCAACUGGAUAUUUUAAUAGCGGAACACUAAUGGGAGUUUCAGUCGAUGGUGUACCGGUGACUGUUUUUGAGUUUUGGUCUGGUCUAAUCAACGGAAGGGGACGAAAAGACAAUAACACUGCUCCUUUGACAGUCUUUACUGCAGAACAAGGUAACACACAUAGAAUGCAUAUCGUUUCAGCCGCGGGGGAUUUUGCCUAUCGAGUAUCAAUUGAUGAACAUGCAUUGACUGUUAUUGAAACUGAUGGGCAUCGUGUGGAAGCGGUUAAAAAUUUCGAGUCUGUUAUCAUAUAUCCCGGGGAAAGAUAUGUCGUAGAGUUUCAAGCCAAUCGAGAACCAGGUACUAGAUACUGGAUUAGGGCAAGAUCUCUUCGAAGAGGACAAGCUGGUCAGUAUCCUAUGCUAGAUGGAAUAAUUUGGGAAAUGAAGGCAAUUCUACAGUACGGAAAUAAAUCAACAAACAAUCAAGAUCCAGUCAGUAAGAGGAUGAAUUGUACCGCUCAAACACCUUGUAAUGUAUUGAACUGCCCAUGGCCAGAAUAUCGCAAGGAUUACUUUCCUCAUGAGAAAUGCAUGAACGUGGCAGCAUUGAGAGCCAAUGCAUCACGAGUCACUCGACAACAGCAUGUAAAACAGAAUAAUAAUACAGAAGUUGACGAAGAAAUAUUCCUAAAUAUGGCAUUCUCAGUUGGAGCUUCGAUCAACCGUCGCCGUAAUAUCAUGCCGAGUGCUCCACUGUAUCAAGACCCCUCCUCUUGGGCGCUGAAACCUUGCGAAGGUAAAUAUGGCCUAUCCUGUUCCCACAUUAUAAAUCUUCAACCAAACAAAACAGUUCAGUUGGUGUUGACAGGAAAUAUAUUCUCCGGAUUUUUAGCUCACCAUAAUUUGCAUAUUCAUGGCCAUAGUUUUCAUGUGCUUAAGAUUGGUUAUCCCAUUGUUGACAAUAUGACCGGAAGCAUUAUUAAAGGAAACACGGACCUGGGUUGCCACAAAGAAAAUGAUACAGAUUGUAUUCACCCUUUCUGGAUAAAUCCACCUGAUUUGAACUUUGAUAACCCGCCUUUAAAAGACACGAUCGCCAUACCUGCGAGGGGUUAUGUUGUACUUCGUUUUGUAACAAAUAACCCUGGCUUUUGGUUAUUUCAUUGUCACACCGCGACCCAUAAUUUCGAAGGAAUGUCGUUAAUAUUCAACAUAUCUUUCGACCACCACCCACCGCUUCCUUCUGGGUUUCCAACUUGUGGAAAUUUUGCCUUCAGCCAGGACGAUUUCAAAAAAUCGGAAAAAAAUGAAACCAAGGAAAAUAAGUCGGGAAAUUGCGAUGGGAAAGAUUCCAAGAAAGACGGAAGCGACGAUGACGAUGAUGAUCUCUCUUUAGUGGAAACGUUGUCUAAAGUCGCAGCCAGUUGUAGUGCAAUUACCGUGUUUUUGCAACUGAUAUUUCUGGUGUUGUUGUUGAAGAUUGUUUGUCGUGCUUUACCAAAAGUGGCCAACACAAACACAGAAAAUAAUAAACUGUAAUAAAACAGUAAGUGUUAAAACAUCACUCGCUAUUCAAACAACUAGUGAAGUAUCACUUGAUGAAAUUCUAUUUAACACUGAUUUAGAACUUUAAUUAUAGCAAUUUUGAAGUAAGUGAUUUUAGAAAUUUAGAACUUAAAUUUAGUAACUAUAUAGCAUUUUAUAUUUUUUUGAUAAACAAUUACCAGUAAAUCAAUAUAAUCUUGGAAUGGUUUCGUAUAAAAUAAACACAUUUGGAAACCAUCAUAUAAUUUUCAUGUAUUAG